AUGUCCUAUGGAUCCAUCACUGGCGGCGGGCUGGGGAGCCGCGGCCCUUUCGGGGGACUCUCACGCCAGGGCUACCAGCCCCUCGCCACCCAGCUGGACCCGCGGGACCUGCAGGGGCUGUUCCAGGAGGCGGCGGCCGGUGUCUCCGGCGUCAGCGCCAGCGCGACCUCCUUGGAGCAGGGCCUCCGGUCCCUGGGGACGCCGAGGGACACCCGGGAGCUGCGGGACAGCCUGCACCUGGCGCAGCAGGAGACCAACCGCACCGUCGCCAGCAGCACCAGCGUGGUGAAGCGGCUGUCGGAGCUGCUGCGGGGCUGCCCCCGGCAGGAGCGGCUUCAGCUGGACCACCUGAAAGCCCAGCUCUCGGACGCCAUCCAGCGCUACGGCGCGGUGCAGACGGAAAUCGCGGAGAAGUCCCGAGCUCUGCUUCCUGUGGCCCAGAGGGCUGGCCGGCAGCAGAGCCCCUGGGCCCCUGGGGCGGCGCUGGCGUACCAGGAGGAGAGUGUCCGCGGGGGCGACAGCGAGCGGCCGGGCCCGGCGCAGGCACUGCUCCCCGAGCUCACGGAGCAGGACCUGGAGGCCGUGCGGCUGCGCGAGGAGGCCGUCCUGCGGCUGGAGAGCGACCUGCUGGACGUGACCCAGAUCCUCAAGGACUUGGCCUCCAUGGUGUCGGAGCAGGGAGAGGCCAUCGAUAGCAUUGAAGCCAGCCUGGAGGCGGCGUCCGCCCACACCGAGGCCGCCAGUGAGCUCCUGGCAGGAGCCAGCCGGCACCACCUCCAGAGACACAAGAUCAAGUGCUACUUCCUGUCUGCUGGAGUCACCGUCGUGCUGGUCAUCAUCCUCGUCAUCGCCACCUCCGUCCCAAAGUGA